CAGCGGAGGUGGGACUUCCUGUCUCCCUAAGGAAGCACUUCCGGCCAGGACCGGAAGCUCCGCUGCUGCCUGGCGCGUGCGAGGGUCGGUGUCCGGACCCCCCGGGCUCUCUGCCUGCAGAUCUCCUCAUAUUUUGGAUUCUGGCUAUAUUAUCAUGAAUGACACAAAAAGUGUCAUUGGUCGACGAGUUGAAGUUAAUGGAGAACAUGCAACAGUGCGUUUUUCUGGUGUUGUCCCUCCUGUGGCAGGACUCUGGCUAGGAGUGGAAUGGGACAAUCCCGCGAGAGGAAAGCAUGAUGGAAGCCAUGAAGGGAUUGUGUAUUUUAAAUGCAGGCACCCAACAGGAGGAUCCUUUGUUCGUCCAAACAAAGUAAAUUUUGGAGUAGACUUUCUCACUGCAGUGAAUAAUCGCUACGUGUUAGAAGAUGGACCAGAGGAAGAUGGAAAAGAGCAACCUGUUACAAUUGGAAAUAAACCUGUGGAAACUAUUGGUUUUGACUCUGUCAUAAAACAGCAAAGUCAGCUGAGCAAGCUGCAGGAAGUUUCUCUGAGGAACUGCGUGGUGAGUUGUGCUGGCGACAAAGGAGCAAUUGCCAAAGCGUGUCCUAAUAUCAGAAGGGUAGAUUUGUCAAGAAACCUGCUGUCCUCAUGGGAUGAAGUCCUAAGUAUUGCUGAUCAGCUCCAACACCUGGAAGUUCUCAAUCUCAGUGAGAAUAAACUGCACCUGCCCUCGGUUUCACCAUCUCUAGCUGGAACAUUUCCUGCACUGAAGGUUUUAGUUCUUAACCGAACAGGAAUAACGUGGGCUGAGGUGCUGCGGUGCGCCCCCGGGUGGCCGGUCCUGGAGGAGCUGUACCUCAAGUCUAACGACAUCUCCAUUUCAGAAAGGCCGGCGGAUGUUCUACAGACGGUCAAGUUAUUAGACCUUUCCUCUAAUCCAUUAAUUGAUGAAAAUCAGCUGUUUCUCAUAGCGUAUCUCCCCAGAUUAGAACAACUAAUCCUUUCUGACGUCGGAAUUUCUUCUAUACAUUUUCCGGAUGCAGGAACUGGGUGCAAAACAGCAAUGUUUCCUUCCUUGCAGUACCUUGUAGUAAAUGACAAUCAGAUCUCGCAAUGGUCAUUUAUCAACGAGCUGGAUAAGUUACAGAGUCUGCGUGCUCUGUCCUGCGUAAGAAACCCCCUGACGGAAGGAGGCAGCGGACCACAGACCACACGCCAGUUCAUCAUCGCCAAAAUCGGUCAGCUGAAGACCCUGAACAAAUGUGAGAUUCUACCAGAGGAAAGGCGUGGGGCUGAGCUUGAUUACCGAAAAGCAUUUGGAAAUGAAUGGAAAAAGGCUGGCGGACAUCAGGAUCCAGACAAAAACAGGCCAAAUGAAGAAUUUCUUGCAGCCCAUCCCAGAUACCAGUCCCUCUGCCUGAAAUAUGGUGCACCUGAAGACGGGGAACUCAAAACACGACAGCCGUUUUUGCUCAAAAACCAGCUACUAACACUGAAGAUAAAAUAUCCUAAUCAGGUUGAUCAGAAAGUCACAGAAAAACAACUGCCAGAUUCCAUGACCAUUCAGAAGGUGAAGGGACUGCUGUCACGUCUUCUCAAAGUUCCUGUGUCAGAACUUCUGCUGUCCUACGAAAGUCCCAAAAUGCCUGGCAGAGAGAUUGAGCUAGAAAAUGACCAGCAGUCAUUACAGUUCUAUUCUGUGGAAAACGGAGACUACCUGUUAGUGCGAUGGUAACAGCCAACUAAUCAAGUUCAGAGACUCCACUGUUUUAUCAUGACUGGGGUUCGCUGGAAAGGAAUGAUUCUCUGGAACAAUUCUGUCAGAAGAAGAGGUUUUACAACUUGCCCUAAGUAGAGAAAAAGUGGUAUUUUUCAUUGGGAAGAGACCAUUUCUAGGCAGAUAUAUAACAGUAGGUGCAAAGCCUUGGUUACUGCUAAUGACUUUCUGAUUUUCUUUCGUAUUUAUAGUUCAUGGCUACUUUAAAUAGUAAAUAGAACCUAGCUAGUCUAAUGAAAUCUGAACACAGUUAAGGUCCAGCAUAAGACCAGUUUUAAUGGAAUUCCACUGUUACUAGUUUAAAAGGUUACCAAAAGGACUUGGAAGGUCAUUUUGGAAGCUGUCCCUUGAAGUCAGGGAGGCACCUCUUCUGUGUGUAACGCAUAUGCUAUGAUCUCUCUUCUCUGCUGCACUAUUUUUAGAGCACUUGCAAAAAUGAACCCCAUGCUCUUUCCUGCAGCUGCACCUACACGGGGCAUACAUUCUUCUACAGAUGACGGGCCGCUCUGAUGGGAAUUCACGUGUAGUAGGGAACCAUCGGGCAAUGACAGGAGGAAAGCAAAACUCAUUUGAAGUGUCAACUGUUUAAGCAGUAUCCUUCCCUAUGUCACUAAAACCCUGAGAGGUAUUUGACUUAUAUCCCCAUUUUAGUUUUUUUUUUUUUUUCAAUAGUACCAGACUGUGACCUUCAGGAUUUGUGUUAAAUGGCAAAAGAAAACUUGAAUUAGCCCACUUAAUAAGUGAACUUUAAAACCAAAGUCCUGAACCGAGUGGAUUGGUUCCUUUUCAAGUUCAAGUUGCCCACUUCAGACAUUUCCAGAAACCCCGAGCUUUGGUAUCAGUGCCCACACAGCAUUCUGUGAGUUCUUUUUGGCCCUUAAUUAUCCUCAUUAUGCUUUAUGGAACUAUUCUGUAAUCCAGGUUGAAAUUCACAUUCUCUGUCAUUACUCAAGAUUUCUGAACUAGGCCAAAUUUUAACCAAAAGUGAUAGUAAUGAAUUAUAAACUAGAAAUGAUACAUCAGCUUUUAGAAACUUUUUUGUUUUAUAAAACAAUUUGGUAUUUCUCAAAUGUUCUUCCAAUACAGAAAUAAAAUUUUUCUUAUGCUA